AUGAGCAAUGGAAAUUUGAAGCCAUCAGGACUGAGGGAACAUUUCGAAAGCAAACACAGUAGUCAUGUUGGCACAUCGCUUGAGGCUUUUAAGUUGAGAAGAGUUCGCUAUGAUCAGAAAGCAACUCUUUCAUCAUAUGGGUUUUCUGCUCCAGGAAAACCUCUUCUGGAAGCCUCCUACAAAGUUUCGUACAUGAUUGCCAGAGAAAAGAAGCCCCACAUAACAGGGGAGACCCUCGUAAAACCUUGUGCGCUGGAAAUGGCAAAAAUUGUGCUGGGAGAGGAGGCCGCGAAGCAACUAAGUCAGGUCUCCUUGUCGAACGACACUGUACGCCAGAGAAUUAAAGACAUGAGUGAAGACAUAACAGCCCAAGUUGUCAACGAGAUUAAACAAAGUCCUGCAAAAAUUAGCAUGCAGAUCGAUGAAUCAACGGACGUGUCAAACCACAGUCAAUUGCUUCUGUCAUGGGAUUUGAUUGGGUCUAUUUGUACGGAUGGCGCUCCUGCCAUGAUUGGCAAAAAAUCUGGAUUCAUUGCUAUGGUCAAGGAGAAAGCUCCACAUGUGCUCACCACACACUGUGUUCUACAUCGCCAAGCUCUGGCAUCCAAAACAUUGCCAAAGAAAUUUAAAGAGGCGAUGAGAAUAGUUGUGCAAACAGUCAACUUUAUUCGUGGACGUGCAUUGAAUCAGAGGCUGUUUAAAAAAUUAUGUGACGAGAUUGGAGCGGAACACGGAGUGUUGCUGUACCACACAGAGGGAAGGGAUGUGGAUAUCAUUCAAGCCAGAGGAAAAGUUGUUGCAUUCACAAGGAAAUUACCUAUCUGGAGUCGCCGUGUUGAAAGCGGAAACCUGGCAAACUUUCCAAUCCUUGACAAUAUCCUUAUUGGAGAUGGUAAAAAACUAUCUGUAGAAAUAAUUCAAGAAGUCAAGAAUCAUUUGGAAGUUCUAAGUACAAAUUUUGAGGGUUACUUUUCAGAUAUUGAUGAUCUUACCAUGGAGUCGAGUUGGAUACUAAAUCCUUUCUCAUUUGAUAUAUCAAGAAUGAGUGAUAACGAUUUAUCAAAGGAUGAUUUCAUUGAAUUCCAAGAGAACCCAAGAAAGAAAGCUGAUUUCGAAAGGGCUGGGAUGGAUGCCAAGCAUUUUUGGUGUGAACAAAUCUCUGCUUACCCAAGUUUGGCAAUUAGGGCAAUGCAUGUUUUGGUUCCCUUCACAAUUACGUAUCUCUGUGAAACAGGCUUCUCUGCAUUAUUAAAUAUGAAAUCAAAGUAG